GUCCUGAGUUUAGAAUCCUUUACAGUUGCUGAGGUGUUAACACUGUUGGUCAUCCUCUGCUCAUCAUCAACCAAUCAUGCGGUCUGCUCUGAUCCUUCUGCUGUGCGUCCUGGGAGCAGCUCUGUGGUCCGGCGCGUUGGCCAACAAUGCAAAUCUUCCUGAAGAAUGCUGUUUCAAGUAUUACACAAGAAAAAUCCCCAGACAAUCCAUCAGGGAAUAUGAAAUGACAAGAUCUGACUGCUCAAAGAAGGGGGUCAUCUUGUUCACAAAAAAGAACUUCCGCUUCUGUGCCAAUCCAGAAGACUCUACGAUUGAGAAGAUCAUGAAGUCCAUCGACGAGAGUAAAUUCUAGUAACCACUUCCCAGGAAGAAGGCUAUAGUCUAAACAGUCAACUCCUGCUCCUACUUCCUUUUCAGCUCUGCGUAAAAUAACUUUUUACAUGUAGUGACAAAGUGUCAAUUGAUAUGCUAGCAAUUUUCAUUUUUUUUUAAAUUUUACCUUUAUUUAACCAGGCAAGUCAGUUAAGAACAAAUUCUUAUUUUCAAUGACAGCCUAGGAACAGUGGGUUAACUGCCUGUUCAGGGGCAGAACGACAGAUUUGUACCUUGUCAGCUCGGGGGUUUUGAACUCGCAACCUUCCGGUUACUAGUCCAACACUCUAACCACUAGGCUACCCUGCCGCCCCAACAAAUAAUCAUGGUGAUAAUUUAGUAAAUGUGUAACACGUGUAUCAGAUAUAAUGAUCAUGUUAUGAACAUGAAAUGCAUUUUAUCACUCAACAAAACGGUUUACUGAUAAACCGUUUUGACUCACUUCACAAAAAAAGGCAGAGGAAUUUCUUACUUGCAUGAAUACAGGUGACUGACGUUUUCCUCAGAGUGACCUGGCAAUUUCACUUAACUCCUAUUUAUAGCAUAUUUAUAGCAUACCAUGAAAAUACAAAUCAGGUCAGUGGAAAAUCGUGGCACUAAGUAAUAAUAGUAAUAAUAAAACAAAUAUGGUUUCUUGUUGUUGACCAAUAGGUCAUAUAAAAAUCAAUGAUCUACCUUGGGGUUAUUUGAGUGUCUGGAAAGGGUGGCACAAGAGACCCCAAAAAUCAAGGCAACUACAUUUAGAAAAACUCAAACCUUGAAUCAUGUUGUUUUUUUUUUUACACUAUUGUCUCUCAAUAGGUGACUGGGCUAUAAAUAGGUAAUAGUUAAGUGCAAUGGUCAGGUCACUCUGAGUAAGAGGUCAGCUUGACGUCGAAACGUCAGUCCCCAUGUACUCAUCCUGAACAACAGAUUAAAGUGAGCAAAUAAUAAAUGAAUCUCUGCCUUUUGUUGUUGUUGAGUUUUCCAAAUGUUUUCUGCCUCAAAUGAGUCCUUUUGAAAGUUUUUCUUGGUAAGCCUUUUAUUUUAUUUUAUUCAUCAUUGUCAAUCUUCCCUUCUCCCUUUGUUUGCUGUAGCGCAGAAGCCUUCCUAAUCUCUUAUCUAUACUUCAUCCCUUGGUUAGAAGCUGUAAUAUGGCAUGUGCUGGCUGUCUUUUGUCUGGAACAAUAAAAUAAUACCACUUUUUA